AUGUCGGAUGAACGUAUUCUUCUAGUAACCGGAAUUCCCACAAAGCUUUGUUGUGGAGAAGAGCUAUACAAAGUAUUUGGAAGCUACGGUGCAAUUCAACAGCUCCGCAUAGGGAGUGAUAGCUGUACAAAAGGUUGUGCCAUUGUUGUAUAUGAAUUAUGUGAAUCGGCAUCUGCUGCCCUUGAGGCAUUGAAUGACUUUAAAGUGGAUAAGGAUAGGUUCCUAAGAGUUUCUGUAUAUGACGAAGUGAGAGACCGUAAGGCACUAGAGAGAAGAAAGAGGAGACGGGAGAUGAAGGCGGAAUAUAAACGAAAUAUAGCGGGUGAUUUUGUGGCUGGUGAAGAAGGAAGUUAA